AUGGCAGAGAAGCAAGAAGAAGUGCUCCUCUCCAUUAUGAGUUGGCUGCGGCAAAAGACAGCAGCAUUCCGAUUCGAUAGACAACUGUAUUGCGUUGUUACGGAUACAGAAUUCGUUUGCUAUUCUGAUGAACAAAUGACAAAGAUCGAUAAACAGAUUCCUUUAACACAAAUCUCAAAAGUUUCCCCACUUCCAGCAUCGUCAAGACCUGGGUUCUCAUUUCAGCUUCCAAAUGGUUCGACUUUGAUUUUUUACGAUACAUCUAUUCAUCAAGCACAGAAAUGGAUAUGCGCCCUUCGAACUGAACCACCAAGCGAGAAAGUAAGCAUUGACAGUUUUAACUUAAAGAAAGUUAUUGGCCGUGGAGCUUCCGGAAAAGUCUAUUUGGCUGAAAAGAAAUCGACAGGUGAACGCUUUGCAAUUAAGGCUAUUCGCAAGGAUUCAUUACCACAAAAAAAGAGAGUCUCACGAGUUAGAGCAGAAAGAAAUGCUUUGAUGAGAGCAAAACAUCAAUUCAUAACUCGCCUCUUCUAUGCAUUUCAGUCACCAACCAAGCUCUAUUUCGUCAUGGAAUACGAGGCAGGAGGAGAUCUCCGUCAUCACAUGGAUCAAAACACGUCUUUUUCGUUGCCACAGAUACGAAUCUAUUUAGCUGAAUUAGCAUUAGCUUUAAAGACAUUACACGGCCUUGGAAUCGUAUACAGAGAUCUCAAGCCAGAAAAUAUUUUGCUUGACGCCGAAGGACACAUCAAAUUAGCCGAUUUCGGACUGGCAAAAGAAAUUAACUCAGAAUCAGAUGCUACAUCCAUUUGCGGGACAUGCGAAUACAUUGCACCAGAAAUGUUACGAUCCCAGCCGCAAACGUUUGCCGUUGACUGGUGGUCAUUUGGCGUUAUUGCAUUCCAGCUACUUUGCAAUCGUUUGCCAUUCGCAAGUGCCAAUCCACAAAGAUUAUUCCAAUUAAUCAUGAAUAACCAACCGAGAAUACCAAACAACUUAGACAGUUCUGCACAGUCGUUCUUACAGCAGCUUCUAAAUAAGGAGCCAGCAAAAAGACUCGGUUCUGUUGGCACUGAUAUCACUCACCAUCCUUUCUUCGAGGAUAUUGACUGGGACAUGGUCGCAAAUAAAGAGUACAAACUUGAUUUCGUGCCAUCUCUCGAAACUCCGGAUUCUGUUGAAAAUUUCGACAAUCAACUGACAGAACAGACUCCACAAGAUUCGUAUACCGAUGAUAACCUCAACAUCAACGUUCAGGGAUUCUCGUACGUCGGAGCGAACUCUCCUUUCGACGAUUGCGUGAUCGGCGACUGCAAAAUUGUCGAUUCAAUGAACGACGACAUGUCCGAUGAACACAACAUGGAAGAAAACAACGAUGAUCAAUAA